GAAAAAUAAUGAUAAUAUUUCUUUCUUGCUUAAGAAAAAGGUUUUGCCCUUAAUAAAUUCUCUGAGCAAGAAAAGCUAUGAAAAUUAACCAAGGCACAUUUACUUCAGGAAAUUUUCAAAGGACGGAGAAAGAAGCUGUAACAAACAGUUCUGGAGACUUUGAAGCACAGCCACAGUACUGAGGUCUCUGGCUGACAAGGCUUCUGCUUUCUCCUUCUCACAGGGCUCCUCCUACAGAUGUUCUGAGCACGUCUGCAUCCCAGCAAUUUUUCACUGCGCCCAGGUCUUGAAAACUAGAGUUCAGGAGCUUCUGGAUCAGUCUUUUCAUUGAAAUACUGGAACUACUAUGAAGCCUUCUUGGUUUGCACUCAUGUUGGCAGUGCUCAGUACUGAAAUGCUAACAAGUCACUGUUCCACCAUCAAGUCCCCGAGGUUCAGAGGACGUGUGCAGCAGGAGAGAAAAAACAUCAGACCAAAUAUCAUCCUUGUACUCACAGAUGAUCAGGAUGUGGAGCUAGGGUCCUUGCAAGUGAUGAAUAAAACCAGGAGGAUUAUGGAGAAUGGAGGGGCCUCUUUCAUCAAUGCCUUUGUAACUACCCCGAUGUGCUGCCCUUCUCGAUCCUCCAUGCUGACUGGGAAGUAUGUGCACAACCACAACAUUUACACCAACAAUGAAAACUGCUCUUCUCCCUCAUGGCAGGCUACUCACGAGCCUCGAACCUUUGCUGUGUACCUCAAUAACACUGGGUACAGAACAGCUUUUUUUGGGAAAUACCUCAAUGAAUACAAUGGCAGCUACAUCCCUCCUGGGUGGAGAGAGUGGGUUGGAUUAGUGAAGAACUCUCGCUUCUAUAAUUACACCAUUUCUCGCAAUGGUAACAAAGAGAAGCACGGAUUUGAUUAUGCAAAGGACUACUUCACAGACCUAAUCACUAAUGAGAGCAUUAAUUACUUCAGAAUGUCUAAGAGGAUAUAUCCCCAUAGGCCCAUAAUGAUGGUCAUCAGCCACGCUGCACCCCACGGCCCCGAGGACUCUGCACCGCAGUUCUCAGAGCUCUACCCCAACGCUUCACAGCACAUCACUCCCAGCUAUAACUAUGCUCCAAACAUGGAUAAGCACUGGAUUAUGCAGUACACGGGGCCCAUGCUGCCAAUCCACAUGGAGUUCACCAACGUCUUGCAGCGCAAAAGGCUCCAGACCCUGAUGUCAGUUGAUGACUCAAUGGAAAGAUUACACCAAAUGCUUGCAGAGAUGGGAGAACUGGAGAAUACCUACAUUAUUUACACUGCUGACCACGGAUACCAUAUCGGGCAGUUCGGACUGGUCAAGGGGAAGUCAAUGCCAUAUGACUUUGACAUUCGAGUUCCUUUCUUUAUUCGUGGUCCAAGUGUGGAGCCAGGAUCAGUAGUGCCUCAGAUAGUUCUGAAUAUUGAUCUUGCUCCAACAAUUCUGGAUAUAGCAGGCCUUGACACACCUCCAGAUAUGGAUGGCAAAUCUGUCCUAAAGCUUCUGGACUUGGAGAGACCAGGAAACAGGUUUCGGACAAACAAGAAGGCCAAAAUUUGGCGUGACACAUUUCUAGUGGAAAGAGGCAAAUUUCUACGCAAAAAGGAGGAACCCAACAAAAACACUCAGCAGUCUAAUCAACUACCAAAGUAUGAGAGAGUAAAAGAAUUAUGCCAGCAAGCAAGAUACCAGACAGCCUGUGAACAACCAGGACAGGAUCAGGUUGAGACUCGUGUUGCACAGGGUGGUCAGGAUUCUCUACCUGUGCAAGACGUGCUGGAAGCAUUGCAGCAAUGA